AUGCCACUCGACCGAUCGAAUUUGCGCGACGCAGACACGAUGCGGCGUGCUGCCGGAAGAUCAACAAAUAAAGAGUCCCAAAGCAAAGGCUGGGAUGAAAGUUGGCAAUAUCUGCCAGCUCCAAUGACAACGAACGGUCAAAAAAUAUUCGAUCCACCAAUUCCCGAAUGUGAAGGUGCUCGAUGGGUUCAGUUGGACUACGUGGCCAGUAAUCAGAAAAAUCGAAAAUGCUCUGACUGCUACGAUUUCUGCUUGCCUGACUACGGUAUUGAGAGAGAUGUGGUGCGGGGUGAAGAAUUUCUGAAUAUUGCCAAACGA